UGGUUAACGGUAUACGUGUAGAUGGUGGUGAAGACGUGGCCAUGAUGAUAAGUGAAUCUUCUGUUGAGUAUCGCUUAUGCAGAAACUCUGUUUACUCCCAUGUGCUGUUAGCACCGUUCUAUGCAAGUGCAAAACACAACUCCGCUUUCGUAAUAUAACUGCAGGCCUAUAAGAUAUGAAAGACUGGAGCCCAUGUAGUCGACUGAUCGUUAUCCUUAUUUGAAGAAAGGGGAUACCGCAAUAUGACUGGACCGAAAGGGGCCUUCUUGUUGAUUGUAUUAAUUGCCGCCAUUGUGUAUGUGUGUCUUGUACUGGAUUAUGUGCCAAAGAUCCAGCUUACGAACACGAAAAGGAGAGCGCCACUGAGAAGCAUUAUGCUGAGCAAUAUCAGUCGUGUAGAAGGACGACUCCACAGUUCAGAUAAUGUCAAGGAAGCGUCGAACAAAACUAUGAUGCGAAAUGAUGUCACUGUGGUCUCCAGAAAACGGGAAUUGAGCAAACCGUCCCCAGGUCAUUGUUUUUACAAGAUCCAAGUGUACGACAAAGGAGACAAACUUGCCAAGCACAGACCAGCACUAGAGAGCAUUGUAAGGCAGUCAAAAGGGAGCCCAGACAUCAGAGCCAAUGUUUCCUGUCUGAACGACUGCAUCGUGGAGAUCUCGAUUGCCGGCGAGAAGAACAAGUUUGCAGGAAUGGACGCCGUGGUCUUUCACUUCAUGAAGAAUCUGAUCCCGAAGCCCCAGCCCCCAGCUAGCAUGAACCCUGACCAGACCUGGGUAUACUUCUCGUGGGAAUCCCCGCGGUCCAACCGUGGCGAGGUAUCACCCAUAGCCCAGUUACCGGUCAAUGCCGUGUGGACGUAUUACAGAGGAUCCGAUAUCACCACUCCGUAUGGGUUCUACGAUCCCGGGACACCCAUGGCGAAGGAGACGAAGUCGGCGGACGAGUGGCUUCAGGGGAAGUCCAAGCUCGCCCUGUGGAUGGCAAGUAACUGCAAAGGUACCUUCUGGCCGAGAAGUGACUUCGUACGCGAACUCCAGAAAUACGUCCCAGUCGAUGUGUACGGAGCCUGCGGGAAACUCAAGUGCUCGCCCAGUUGGUCGACUAAAUGCACGGUGGACCUGGUGCGUCAGUACAAGUUCUAUUUGUCGUUGGAGAAUGCCGAAUGCGAGGAUUACAUUACCGAGAAACUCUGGAACAAGCCGUUGAUGCAAGGGGUGGUCCCCAUCGUGUACGGCCCCAGACGGAAGGUCUAUGAGGAGUUGCUGCCUCCCAAGUCAUUCAUUUACAUUGGGGAUUACAAAAGCAUAAAGGAGCUGGCAGACUAUUUGAAACUCUUGGACUCCAAACCAGAAAUGUACAUCGAGUACUUGAAAUGGCAGUACGAAGGCAGCGUAGGGGUUCAUCAGGUUAUGCACGAGUCCUAUGACCCAGCCCUGUUUUGCAAUCUGAUUCCUUUCAUUGACAAAGUGAAGCGGGGCCAGUUGAAACGGACACCAGUGGGCGAAAGCAGUUUUUCGAAAACGUGUAGAAAAGGUCGCGAAAAUAAGGAAGACAAUUACAGCUCAACUUUUGGACUGGGGAAAUGGAAUCCUUGGUAGAUUUUACUUUCAGAAUUACAUCACUUAGAACUCCAAUAACAAAUUUUAAAUAAAAUUGUACAAAAUAAAGGUUACGUUGGACUGUGUACAAUAUAUAUUAAUCCCUUCUCCAAUAAACGAAUUUUAAAUCAAGCUUACAGAAUAAAAGGCAACUUUAACUCUAGUGUUUGUAAAAUAGAUGUCCCUGCUCCGU